AUGAAAAGAAUAGCAAUUACCCUUAUUGUCUCAGCGCUCGUUGCUUCUUCUUAAGCCUUAGCCGAUUGGGAACUCAGUGGCACCAACUACGAGGGUCAGUCAGCCGCUCAAAAAUAACAGCAAUUGUGGAAUCAGAUCACUUAAAAUCCAAAGUCAAAUGACUGGUUCAGUCCAGCAGCCCUAGCUGGCAUUUUCGUUGAAAGUAUGGAACCAAGUCUCAAAUGGGUUGGCGAUACUUUCGAAAAUGGAUUCUUUGGAGCCAGAAGCAAGUAUAUUCACACUGUUGGCAACACAGCAACUGCAAAAUUCACCCCAGUUUCUAACAACCAAGGAUACACUGGAAUCUUUUAAAGCGGUGCUGAUCAUGCCGUUAUCAGACUUUCACUUGCAAAGCAACCUGAUUCUACCAAGCCCACUCCUGCUUAAGCAGAGGACAACUUCAUCCCAGGCUUCGGUCUUAAGUUCCUCAGAGACAAUACUCACUCAGGUAACUUGGUUGCAAUGUAUGGAGUAGAUGGGGCUAAUACGUGGAACUUCUUCAGAUAGGACUUCUCUAAUCACAUCCCAGAUCCUAUUAGUGUUCCCCAAUAGAUUCUUGGCAAGAAAUUCGCCACUGCUACCCCAUACAUUCAGUACGUUGGUCUCUCUGACAUAGCCUCCUAUGACUAACAUGGAAAGCAGGUCUCAUCACCUAAGUUCCCAUUCCAACUAGUUUUUGAGUCUCCUCUUAAAGAGAAAUACUCUGAAGAAUACACUCAAAACUUCCAAGACUAACUUCAAUAAAUCCCUCAAGGUACUCUUCUCUACAAGGUAUUUGCUUACGCUGAUCCAAGUGCUUAGAAAGUUCACAUUGCAGAUUUGACUCUGACCUCUCCCUUAGUGAAGUCAUUCUUCGGUGAUAGAUACCUUUUCUUCAAGCAUCAAGACAUGCAAGAGGAUCUCCUACUUAGACCAGAGUGGAAAUCACACCUUAAAGUUGCUUCACCAAGAUGCCCAGUCACAUUCAUCAAGGAAAUCGCUCAAUCCUCCAUUCAAACUAUCUCAAAGCUCUUCAGUCAAUGA